AUGAACGGAAUUUUGGCAGUAGAAAAACCCAGCGGCGUGUCGUCGUCCAAAGUGGUGCUCCAGAUCCAGUCGAUCUUCGACGGCUCGGACGUGUUUGCCAGCGACUUGGCCGAGAUGAAGCAGAAAGUCCACGACCAGUUGACCCUGGGCACCAGAUGGCUGGAGGCCAAAAUCGCCAACCGCGUGCGCAGGACCAAAAUCAAGAUGGGGCACGGCGGCACGUUGGACCCGCUCGCGUCCGGCGUGCUCAUCAUCGGCGUGGGCUCCGGCACAAAGCAGCUCAGCUACUACUUGGGCGAGUGCACCAAGACCUACGAAACCAGGGCCGUGUUGGGCCAGUCCACGACCACGGGCGACCUGGAGGGUGAGGUGGUCACGCAGACGGACGUGGCCGGCGUGACCUUGGGGCGCUUGCAGCAAGCCGCGGCCAAAUUCGUGGGCACCAUCAGGCAGACGCCGCCAGUGUACUCGGCGCUCAAGGUGAACGGCAAGCCGUUGUACGAAUACGCGCGCGAGGGCAUCCCCGUGCCCAAGGCCAUCGAGCCGCGUGCCGUCAAGGUGCACCUGUUUGUGGUGCACGACGACUUCGGGCCCCACGACAAGUACGGGUAUCUUGCGUGCCCCGCCACGGCUGACCUGAUGGGGAAGGCCGUGUUCAACAACCCCACGCUCGACGACCACGAGCUCUGCUACUCCGCGGAGUUCAUGGCCCGCGCGGACGUGGACGACGCAGACAAAGCCACCAACAUCCGCCCCCAGUUGGUGGACCCGUCGCACGAGCCCUCGGGCAGACCGCCUGUUUUCCACGCCACGGCGUCUGUUGGGUCCGGCACCUACAUACGGAGCUUGGUCAGCGACUUGGGCCGGGCCGUGGGCCUGCUGGCGUUCAUGGCCGAGUUGGUGCGCUGCAAGCAGGCGAACUGGGAGUUGGGCAAGAACGUGUUCCAGCUCAGCGACUUCACCGAGCGUGACCAGAGAGUGUGGGGUCCUGUGUUGAAGCGUGUUCUCGACAAGGGCGACAGCGUCGUCUUGGCGGACGAGUUUGCGGCCGUGGAGGCGGCCGUG